GUUGAAUCCGGAAGCGAUCUCCCAGGGCUGAGUUGCAGCUGAGGACCCCGGUGGCAGGCAGGGUUCGGGAUCAUGAGUUGGAUUCCUUUCAAGAUUGGGCAGCCCAAGAAACAGAUUGUCCCCAAAACAGUGGAGAGAGACUUUGAACGAGAGUAUGGAAAACUCCAGCAGCUGGAGGAGCAGACCAAGAGGCUGCAGAAGGACAUGAGGAAGAGCACAGACGCCGACCUGGCCAUGUCUAAAUCCGCUGUGAAGAUAUCCUUGGACUUGCUCUCCAACCCCCUCUGCGAGCAAGACCAGGACUUUCUGAACAUGGUGACCGCCCUGGACACGGCCAUGAAGCGGAUGGAUGCCUUCAACCAGGAAAAGGUGAACCAGAUACAGAAGACUGUGAUUGAACCCUUAAAAAAGUUCGGCAGUGUGUUCCCAAGUCUCAAUAUGGCAGUGAAACGGCGGGAGCAGGCCUUGCAGGACUACAGAAGGCUCCAAGCCAAGGUGGAGAAGUAUGAGGAGAAGGAGAAGACGGGACCGGUGCUGGCCAAACUCCACCAGGCCCGAGAAGAGCUUAGGCCAGUGCGGGAUGACUUUGAGGCCAAGAACAAGCAGCUCCUGGAUGAGAUGCCGCGCUUCUACAACAGCCGACUGGACUACUUCCAGCCCAGCUUUGAGUCCCUGAUCAGAGCACAGGUCGUGUACUACUCAGAAAUGCACAAGAUCUUUGGAGACUUGACCCAGCAGCUUGACCAGCCCGGCUGCCCUGACGAGCAGCGGGAGCGGGAGAACGAGGCCAGGCUGAGCGAGCUCCGAGCCCUCUCCAUUGUGGCCGAUGACUGAGCCUGGCCUGGGGAAGACUCUGGAACACAAGCCAGCCUCCCUCAUCUGCCCUUUUCAAAAGCUCAAAAGCUCGGGCAUCAGCCAGCAAAGGGCCCCUCCCUGGGAGAAGUAUGGGGACAGCGGUGGCUCCCCCUCCCCAGCCCCUGGGAAAGCCUGACACCAAGAGCCCUAGCAGGCUACUGUGUCUCUACCCCACCAUAGCAGAAACCGGCAGACAGGUUAAGCAGUGUAGACCGUCUGUUCCUGAAGAACCGUCCAAAGUGCCUCCUGGCCUCGGGCCAGAGCCUGGACUGUCAGCUCCCUAGAAGUCUCCGCCUGGCUACAGUUGGGACCACAUCUACCUCCCGAAGGGCUCCCCUGGGAGUCCCCCACCUACGCUGCCUUUUCACCUGACUCACCUUUUCUGGGAGAGGCUGCGACACUGCCCUGGAGUGUCUCCCAGCACUCAGGCUCAGCCCACUUGUAGCCUUGGGUCACCUGCAGGAGAGACCCCUAGUCCUACAGCUUCCUUAGAAGCUGGGACUCAACGUGUGUAAAUAUCCUACCACACUAAACGUCACCGACAGUCAUGGGCCUCAGAGCAAGAAUAGUGGGUGUAUGUCU